AAUAAAAUCCGUGCAUCUCACGGGCUAAUUACCCCCAUAAACCCAAACCCUUCGAUGGGUUAGAAAAAGUAAACAAAACCCGACAGUGGUCCCAUGAUUACAAAGUAGGUGAAGAUACAAAAACUCAAAUCUCCCGUUGUUAGCAUCAAUGUUACUUAUACAUGUCACAAACAACAACUGUAGUUGCAGUACUCCAAAGUCCAAACUACCAAAAAAUACACAGAGAGACACACUACUCUUCAAAGCAUCAUUUCAAUUUCGAUGUUAAUGAAGAAGAAAUCCCUGCUUUUGUGUUUUUGACCCCUUACCAGUCACCACUUUACCACCUUUCUCUCUCUCCUCUCCCACCACCAUCAUCAUCACCUAUGACUCUUCUUGUCCCCUCUUUUCCCUUUUUAUUAUUAAUAUUUGAUUAUUAUUAUUGUCACAAAUCCUAAUUUUGAAAUAUUUGUCCAAUUUGCUGAGUAAUAAGUAUUUUCUUUCUUCCUCUUCUCCGCUUUUAAUUAAUUAAUGGAGGUUCAAUCUUUGCUGGAGUUUUUGCGCAAUAAUAAUUUCCCAGAAGCUGAAUUUGCCUUAAAACAGGAUCUUUCUGAAAGGAAGGAACUUUCUGGCUCGUCUUAUGAUUUCGAGAACUUUCUCUUCCCGAUGAACCCACCUCCCCCGCCGGUUAAACUUCCGGUUAACUCUCGCCGGAGAGGUAAUGGGAUUCGUUCGGGUUCUGGGUCGGGCCUUGAUUCUUCUGGGGAUGAUGAGUUUAAGAGUUUGGGCUCUUCUACUUCUGUCAGUGCUGUCUGUUCUUCAGACUUUACCAAUCCAUAUGGACUUCGUUCUACAACACAAGCGGACUCGGACGCUUCCUCUGACAGAAUGUCUCAGUUUGGAACGGCAAGAGAGUACCAUGAUUUUGAUAUGCAGACUGACUUGUGGUAUGAUGACAAAGAUGAUGGACCAUAUAUGACUCCUAGCUUUGGUGGGUUAGACCCUUUUGGCUGCCCGAGUGAGGAUAAGUUUGUCACGACUUCUGGGAUGGUUACUAAUCUGUCAAAAAAUCCGUUUUCCUUUAAUCGUUUAUCAGAAGAUUCAGAGGAAAAUGACCACCAUCUAGACUAUCCCUUUCACCCUCAUAAAACGUCCAGUGAUCCCGUUGAUAAUGGUCAAGUAAAGGAUUGUUAUCAUCUCGAUGAGAAAAACAGCACUGAAGUAAGAAUCAAGUGGGAUCUUGGGCGUACGGGUUAUAGUGAUUGUGAAGAAAUUGAUUCCAACCUGAAAGAAACGAUAUUGAAUGAGUUAGAGCUGUUAGAUGCUAGGCUUGCUAAGCAGAGACUUUCUCAUACUGAAAUUUUGGUGGAAGGAAAUGGAAAGGGUUUGGUUGAAGAAUUGGAUGGUUCUAGAAGUAUCUAUGAAACUUACAAGCAGGAUUUGCUUCUUGUUAAUAGUUGUAAUUAUAGUUUUGGAGCUAACGAUGAAAAGGAAGUGGUUAAAAGUACUGAAGAAGUUAACAGUGCUGUGAAUGAGCAGGAAAGUGGGACACCGGAAGAGGUUCCAUAUUGGGAGACUAACGAAGAUGAUUAUGAAGUAUUUAACCUAAGAGUCAUUCAUCGGAAGAACAGGACAGGUUUUGAAGAGAGUAAAGAGUUUCCUAUCGUGUUGCACACAGUCGUUGCGGGGCGAUACUGUAUUACCGAGUACCUAGGUUCUGCUGCUUUCAGCAAAGUUGUUCAGGCUCAUGAUAUCCAGACUGGAGUUGAUGUUUGCCUGAAAAUCAUUAAAAAUGACAAAGAUUUUUUUGAUCAAAGUUUGGACGAAAUCAAACUUCUCAAGUAUGUCAACAAGAAUGACCCUGCAGAUAAGCACCACAUUUUACGUCUCUAUGACUACUUUUACCAUCAGGAGCACCUUUUCAUUGUAUGUGAACUUCUUCGAGCCAAUUUAUAUGAAUUUCAGAAAUAUAAUCUAGAAUCUGGUGGAGAACCCUACUUUACAAUGAGUAGAUUGCAGACAAUAGCGCGGCAGUGUUUGGAGGCGUUGGAUUACUUGCAUAGUUUGGGAAUCAUCCACUGCGAUUUAAAGCCUGAGAAUGUUUUGAUCAAAAGCUAUAGCAGAUGUGAAAUAAAGGUUAUUGAUCUCGGAAGCAGUUGUUUCGAGACUGACAACUUGUGUCUGUACGUUCAAUCUCGAUCUUAUAGGGCUCCUGAAGUAAUUCUGGGGCUUUCUUAUGGCCCCAAAAUCGAUAUUUGGUCUCUUGGCUGUAUUAUGGCCGAGCUUUGCUCUGGUGAGGUACUUUUCCCGAAUGAUGGUGUCGUAAUGUUGCUGGCCCGCACGAUUAGUCUGCUUGGUCCUAUUGAUCUGGAGAUGCUGUUGAGAGGACAAGAGACACACAAAUACUUCACCAAGGAGUAUGACCUUUUCCAUGUAAAUGAGGAUACAAAUCAAAUGGAAUACAUAAUUCCAGAACAGUCCUCGUUGGAGCAGCACCUUCCAGUUUCUGAUGACGGGUUCAUGGACUUUUUAAGGUAUUUGCUUCAGAUAAAUCCUCGAGGGCGCCCUACAGCGAGACAAGCGCUCGAGCACCCUUGGCUUUCCUUUUCUUAUACGAGUAGUAGUUAGUUUCAGCACCAGCAUAUCGCCUUUAACAAUGGUUUUGGUGUCUUACAGCAGUGUGUUUUUUAUUUUUAUUUUUUGAUUUUAAUCAGUAAAGGGAGAAAGGAAAUAGAAAAGAUAAAUCCUUUGUCUCUUUCGUUUGGUUUUUGAAGGGGGGAGAUGCAUACUUGCAUUUGAAGGUGUUCUUUCUGGUUAAGUGGAUCUUCUUUGCAAAGUUACUUGUCCUGUGUCCAAACAUUGUAAAUAUUACAGCCAAAGAAUGCUGUAUAUAGUGUUAAGACUUAAGAGUAGUGGAGUUAAUAGUGUUUUUUGUUUGUUUUGUUUUACGGUAGGUUGUGACAGGAUGUAAUUCUUUCUUUCCCCUGUGGACUGUGGUUGAGGGGAAUGGGGAUAUUGGUUUCCUGAAUGCAGGCUAACCAAAGUACAUGUUACAUCUUAAUUUAAUGUAAUGGAAAGUUGAUACUACCUUUAAUUGCAUA